CCCAGGCUGGAACAUGGCUGCGCGCCCCGCCGCCUCCCUCGCCUGGUCGCUGCUGCUCCUGUCCUCCGCGCUGCUCCGCGGUGGCUGUAGGGCACGCUUCGCCGCGGAGCCGGACUCGGAGGACGACGAGGAAGAGGCGAUCGUUUUCCCCGAGUCGCCUCUGCAGAGAGCCACGGUGAUGGUGGCCAUCCUCGCCCGCAACGCUGCGCACACGCUGCCUCACUUCCUCGGCUGCCUGGAGCGGCUGGACUACCCCAAGAGCAGGAUGGCCAUCUGGGCAGCCACUGAUCACAAUGUGGAUAACACCACAGAAAUACUCAGGGAAUGGCUGAAAAAUGUGCAGAGACUUUAUCACUAUGUGGAGUGGAGGCCGAUGGAGGAUCCACAGUCUUAUCCUGAGGAAAUUGGACCAAAGCACUGGCCAAGCUCUCGAUUUGCCCAUGUCAUGAAACUACGACAGGCAGCCCUUAGAACUGCGAGGGAAAAAUGGUCAGACUACAUUCUGUUCAUAGAUGUUGACAAUUUCCUGACGAAUCCACAGACUCUCAAUCUAAUGAUUGCAGAAAACAAAACCAUUGUGGCCCCCAUGCUGGAGUCCCGGGGCUUGUAUUCUAACUUCUGGUGCGGAAUCACACCCCAGGGCUUCUACAAACGGACCCCAGACUACCUUCAGAUCCGAGAAUGGAAGAGGAUAGGCUGCUUUCCUGUCCCCAUGGUCCACUCCUCCUUCCUGAUUGACCUCAGGAAGGAGGCCACUGACAAGCUGGCCUUCUACCCUCCACACCAGGACUACACCUGGACCUUUGAUGACAUCAUUGUCUUUGCCUUCUCCAGCAGGCAAGCAGGCAUCCAGAUGUACCUUUGCAACAGAGAGCACUAUGGCUACCUGCCCAUCCCUCUGAAGCCUCAACAGACCUUGCAAGAAGACAUCGAGACCCUCAUCCAUGUGCAGAUAGAAGCAAUGAUUGACCGUCCUCCAAUGGAACCUUCCCAGUUUGUGUCACUUGUCCCUAAAUAUCCAGACAAGAUGGGAUUCGAUGAGAUUUUCAUGAUCAACCUGAAACGCAGGAAGGACAGGCGGGACCGGAUGCUGCGCACACUCUAUGAGCAGGAGAUCAAGGUCAAGAUCGUGGAGGCGGUGGAUGGGAAGGCACUCAACACAAGCCAGCUGAAGGCCUUGAAUAUUGAAAUGCUGCCAGGCUAUCGAGAUCCCUACUCCUCCAGGCCUUUAACCAGGGGUGAAAUUGGCUGUUUCCUUAGUCACUACUCUGUCUGGAAAGAGGUAAUUGAUCGAGAACUGGAGAAGACUCUUGUUAUUGAAGAUGAUGUGCGUUUUGAGCAUCAGUUUAAGAAGAAGCUGAUGAAACUGAUGGAUGACAUUGACCAAGCUCAGCUGGACUGGGAACUCAUUUACAUUGGUAGGAAGAGGAUGCAAGUGAAAGAGCCCGAGAAAGCUGUGCCCAAUGUAGUUAACCUGGUUGAAGCAGACUAUUCCUACUGGACCCUGGGCUAUGUCAUCUCUCUGGAAGGAGCACAGAAGCUGGUUGGAGCUAAUCCCUUUGGGAAGAUGCUGCCAGUGGACGAGUUUCUGCCAAUCAUGUACAACAAACAUCCUGUAGCCGAGUACAAGGAGUAUUAUGAGUCCAGGAACUUAAGAGCCUUCUCCGCAGAGCCCUUGCUCAUCUACCCCACCCACUACACAGGCCAGCCUGGGUAUCUGAGUGACACGGAAACCUCUACCAUCUGGGACAAUGAGACAGUGGCUACUGAUUGGGACAGGACACAUUCCUGGAAGUCCCGGAAGCAGGGUCCCAUCCAUAGCAAUGCCAAGAACACAGAAGCCCUGCCGCCGCCGACUUCUCUGGACACAGCACCUUCGAGGGAUGAGCUAUGAAAACCUCUUGAGAGCAGGACUCACACUGCUUCACUGUUUGGUUUCCCCCAGGGCUUUCCAUCUAUUUGCUCCUGUUCUUUUGAGUGGUGUGCUCAUCUAAUCAAAGUGGUCAGAUGUGAUUGAGCAAAAUUAAGAUAUUUUUGACAGUGGAGGCAAGUUGGGAAAUUAGGUCCAAAUUUCCUACAAUGGCCAAAAGAUGGGUUUCAUGGGAACCGUUAAGUUAAACUUUAACCCAGUCACCCAGUUCUUCUGCUAACUAGUCAUGUGAUACUGGAGGCAACAUGAUUCAGAGUCUUGCACAAAAGAUGACGUCAGCACGCCAUCACGUCGGUACAUGGGUAGUGUAGUCAUAGCACCCGAGCCAACUGGAACACACUUGCUGAUCCUGAUAGUCCUUUUUCUAUGACAGAUGUGACCUUUAUAACUCUAAGCCAACUAGAUUACAUUUAGCGUCCAGUUGCUCUAUUAUAUAUGACCUUGAAAAAAAUCUGUGUACAAAUUCUUCUUUUUUAUUUUUUAAGUUAAACCAUUGAAAAAAUCAAUUAAUGGGGCUUUUUAUCUAAAGAAAUUCUGUCAUAAGCCUUAUUAUUGCAAAGUGGAUUUUUAAAUUCUUAACUUCUUGUCCAGUAAGGAUGGGUAAUUGGCUGUGGUUGAGACUUGGCCCUUGGCUGUCAUGGGCAGUUGCAGCUUUUAUAAAGAGGCAUCCAGUAUACCAUGUGGAUAUAAUUUUGGUCAAUAUUUGAGGACUGAUGUAGAUACUUGAGAGAAAAAGAACUGAACCCUGGCCUUUCAUAUUGUGGCCACUUGAUUCCAGAUGAGGUAUUUAUAAAGAUAAAUAUAAUAUAUACAGGACAUGGGGGAGGGGUGUGACUAGGCCCCUCGCCCUCCCUUCUUCCGCCCCUUAACCUGGGAAUGAACAGCAAGUGUGAGAUUUCUGAGUUAAGAGACAGAGCACAUUUUCAGGCCAGCAACUGCCUGUGCCUGGGUUUUUCAUUAUAUUUUGAAUUAUUUAUUUGACAAAGUGUGAGGGAAAACAUUGUCUGUUCAAUGAGGGAGAGAAACAGAUGUGGCUAGCUUUCAUGACACCCUGGGGAGCGUCCCUGUAGCCACACUGGUGCAAUGACCCACGUUUCCUGAAUUUCCCAGCCUGUCUUUUGCAGGGGAAGCCUGUUGCUUAAGAGUUCUAGCCAUUUGGAAACAAACUAUUCUCCACUUUAAGGAGAAACAAUGGACUAGACAACCAAUUUAGGCCAACAACCAGGGAAACUUAUAGAGCCAAAAUCCUGGGUGGACACCUUUUCUCAAAAGGUAUCCCCUGCCAGGUGCUGGUAGCUCACGCCUGUAAUCCUAGUUACUCAGGAUGCUGAGAUAUGAGGAUCAGGGUUGAAAGCCAGCCCAGACAAGAAAAUCCAUGAGACUCUU